AUGGCGCCGCUGUUCUUCGUCUUGGCUUCCCCUCUGCUCUUCAAGCUGCUGGGCCGCAUGCUCGGGUGGUCGCUGCGCAAGAAGACGGAUGGCCGCCGAUCCCACCUCCUGGCCCUCAUGACGGAAGACGACAGGAAGGCUCGUGCCUCGGACUCGAAGGGCAUCUCGGCCCCCAAGCUGGUGUUUGACGUCGACGAGAAGCUGAAGGGUACAUUGGAGUCUCAAAAGGACUGGAGUGGCAUUGUUGGUUUCUUCCACCCGUUCUGUAAUGCCGGAGGCGGCGGAGAGCGAGUCUUGUGGGCGGCUAUCCGUGCGACACAAGACCGCUGGCCAAACGCCAAGUGCGUUGUCUACACGGGCGAUCACGACGUCACCAAGGACGAAAUUCUGUCUCGGGUCAUGCACCGCUUCAACAUUCAACUCCACGCCCCAACCAUCACAUUUCUCUACCUCUCCAAGAGAGAUUGGGUUCUUCCUUCCACUUGGCCACGCUUUACUCUCAUCGGCCAGUCCAUCGGCUCCAUCAUUUUGGCCUGGGAUGCCUUCUCACUCGUGGUCCCUGACGUCUUCGUCGACACCAUGGGCUAUGCCUUCUCGCUUGGCCUGUGCAAGUUCCUGUUCCCCAAGGUCUCGACUGGUGCCUAUGUUCACUACCCUACCAUUUCUACUGACAUGCUCGAGUCACUCGACCCUACAUCAGCUGUUGGCUCCCAGGGUGUCAACGCCGGCAAGGGAGUUGGUGCCCGAGGGACUGCCAAGAAAAUAUACUGGCAACUCUUCGCACGACUGUACUCAUGGGUUGGCUCCUCUGUUGACAUCGUCAUGACAAACUCGACCUGGACCCAAGCGCAUGUGAUGAGUCUGUGGGCUUCUGGUCGUGGUGACAAGAACAAGACAGAUCCCAUCACCGUCGUUUACCCUCCCGUCGCCGUUCGCGAAAUGGAGCAAGAGGUCGAAGUUUCCGAGGAGAGUGAGAAGCUGCGAGAAAAGGUCGUCGUUUGCAUUGCGCAAUUCCGACCAGAGAAGAACCACCAGCUUAUCAUCCAGUCCUUUGCCGAGUUCCUCAAGUCCAAAAGCGAGGCCUCGAAGGGCGCGCGCCUGGUUCUCAUCGGCAGCGUAAGGGACGACCAUGACAAAAAGCGGGUGUACGAGCUGCGCCUUCUCGUCAACGAGCUGGGCAUAAAGGAUCACGUUCAGUUCCAUCUCGAUGCGUCCUGGCCCCAGGUUCUUGAGUGGCUAAGAAAAGCCUCGGUGGGCGUCAACGCCAUGUGGAACGAGCACUUUGGAAUCGGCGUUGUCGAGUACCAAGCCGCUGGUCUCAUCUCGGUGGUUCACAACAGCGGUGGCCCCAAGCUGGAUAUUGUCGUCCGGGUACAUGGAGAGCCAACAGGAUUUCACGCCAUCACACCAGAGGACUUUGCAGACGGUUAUGAGAAGGCCUUGUCGCUACCCAACCCCCUUGCGGUUCGCGGGCGAGCACGGGAGUCGGCCAAGAGGUUCACGGAAGAGGAGUUUGCCAAGAAGUGGACGGUUCAGUUGGCGCGCUUGAUCACUCUAGCAUAG